AUUUUUCUUCUCAUCAAACCCAAAAAAUAAACUUUUUUUCUUUUGAACUUAUGAAAAAGUUUCCAAUUUAACCGAUCACAAAGCUCAGUAUUUACACUCAAUGCCACUCGUCUUCACACUUUCUCUUUUCUCUCUCCCAAUUCCUCAAUCUCUCUCCCUCGAUCUCCCAAAAUCUCUCUCUUUCUCUGUUAGUUUUUUUUUAUUUCUUCUGCUUCUGGGUUUUUUUCUCCGUUAACUGUAGUUGGGCUAGGGUCUUGAGCUCCGUUCCUCGAUAAUGGCGGUUUCUUUGAGAAGAAAGCUCGUGUCUUCCUUCUAUUAAAAAAGCUAACUUUCCCCUUUUUUAUACUAACUUUCAAAAUGGGAAAUUUCUGAAAAAUGUGUUGCAAGUUAAGCUUGUGAAAGUUUCGAUUUUUCGUUUUGGGGUUCUUAAAUUUUAGGACAAUUAUUUAACUUUUUAAAGAUUAUAGGAUAAUUAUUAUCCGUUGGGAGUAAAUUGGAAGCUAAGUUAGUGUAUCUCUUUGAUCUGUUGUAAAGUUUGGUGAGCAAUGAAUCGAAGUUUUAGGGCAAAAGAGUCUCUAUUGCUGGAUUCAGCAGAGAGACAAAGGCAACAGCUUAGGGCUUCUAUGAUGGCUGAGAAAGAUGAAGAGCUUUCUUUGUUUCUUGAGAUGAGACGCCGUGAGAAAGAGCAGGAUAAUCUUCUUCUUAACAAUAACCCUGAUGAGUUUGAAACUCCAUUAGGUUCAAAGCAUGGAACUUCGCCGGUGUUUAACAUCUCAAGUGGUGCUCCACCAUCUCGGAAGGCUGCUCCUGAUGAUUUUCUCAAUUCUGAAGGCGAUAAAAAUGACUAUGAAUGGUAACUUUUUGAUCACAAACUUUCAUGUUGCGACGCUAUGGUUCAUUACUUCAGUAACAUAUUCACCGGUGAUGGUUUGAAUUUUCUUAGCCACCUUAAGUGCAGGCGGUUUAAGUAUUCUUUGUGAUAGUAUAGUUACUGAUUUGCUGUAUCUUAACCAUGAGGUUCUGAAGUAAUAUAUGUGUGGUAGUUUUGUUUCCUUGAAAUUGUGUUGUUUCUUCACAUUACAUCAUUCUGUAUAAGGCAUGUGUUUAAUCUAAUAGACUCGAAUUUGGUGUCACAAUUUGGAACCCUUUGUUUGUGAGGUGUGCGAGUCUUGCACUGAAUUCUUAUCAAGUUUAGAAUUUUGCUGCAUAAGGUGUUCAUCAUUCCAGCAUCUCUGUUUACCUCUUCUUAGACAUUCAUAUACUUUCUUGAACAAUAUAUCAUUUAUCUGUUUAUCAUUUCCACCCUAACUUCUUCUUGUCUUUCGAAGGCUUCUGACCCCUCCAGGUACGCCUCUAUUUCCAUCGCUGGAGAUGGAAUCACAUAGGACUAUGAUGAGUCAGACUGGUGAUUCAAAGAGUCGCCCGGCUACAUUGACUUCCAGACUGGCAAAUUCCUCAACAGAGUCUGCUGCAAGGAACCAUCUAACAUCUAGACAACAAACUUCUUCUCCUGGAUUGAGCUCUUCCAGUGGAGCAAGUCGAAGACCUUCAUCAUCUGGAGGACCUGGAUCAAGACCUGCCACACCCACUGGAAGAUCAUCAACACUGACGGCAAAUUCAAAAUCCUCAAGGCCUUCAACACCCACUUCGCGAGCCACUGUCUCCUCAGCUACUCGACCUUCUUUGACUAACUCGAGGUCCACAGUAUCUGCAACGACUAAGCCCACGCCUAUGAGUAGGUCAACAAGUUUAUCAUCAUCUAGGCUCACACCUACUGCAUCUAAGCCGACUACCUCAACUGCUAGAUCUGCUGGUUCAGUAACUAGAUCUACCCCUAGCACCACCACAAAAUCUGCAGGUCCUUCAAGGUCCACCACACCUCUGUCAAGAUCUACUGCCAGAUCUUCAACACCAACUUCAAGACCCACACUUCCUCCAUCUAAAACCAUAUCAAGGUCAUCUACACCAACUCGCCGUCCAAUUGCUUCUGCAAGUGCUGCAACUACUACAGCAAAUCCCACAAUAUCCCAAAUCAAGCCUUCUUCUCCAGCGCCAGCAAAGCCUAUGCCAACACCAUCUAAGAACCCUGCUUUAUCUCGUGCAGCAUCUCCUACAGUGAGGUCAAGACCAUGGAAGCCGUCAGACAUGCCUGGUUUCUCAUUAGAAACUCCUCCAAAUCUAAGGACAACAUUACCCGAAAGGCCACUUUCAGCGACAAGAGGCAGACCUGGAGCUCCAAGCUCUCGUUCUGGUUCAGUUGAGCCAGGGGGCCCUCCAGGAGGAAGACCAAGAAGGCAAUCAUGUUCACCAUCAAGAGGAAGAGCACCAAUGUACUCUAGUGGUAGCUCUGUUCCUGCGGUUAAUCGUGGAUAUUCCAAAGCCAGUGACAAUGUUAGUCCGGUGAUGAUGGGAACAAAAAUGGUGGAGAGAGUAAUAAACAUGCGGAAACUUGCUCCACCCAGAUCAGAUGACAAGGGUUCUCCUCAUGGUAACUUGUCUGCAAAGUCUUCAUCACCCGACAGUGCAGGAUUUGGAAGAACGCUCUCCAAGAAGUCCCUUGAUAUGGCAAUAAGGCAUAUGGAUAUACGUAGAACUAUUCCAGGGAACCUGAGACCACUAAUGACGAAUAUUCCAGCAUCAUCAAUGUACAGUGUGAGGUCUGGACAUACACGUGGUAGACCGAUGAAUGUUUCAGACUCUUCUCCACUAGCAACAAGCAGCAACGCAAGCUCAGAGAUCAGUGUCUGCAACAACAAUGGCAUUUGCUUAGAGGCAAGUGAAAAGGAAGACGACGCAGGCAGCGAGAGAGGUUGCAGGUCCCCUGCAAGCUUACAAGGGAGAUGAAGGAAGAAAGAAGAAAAGCCUUUUGUAAAACGUUCACAUUUGAGAUUCUCUUUUAUUGUUUGUGAGUUUUAAUUAUCACACGAGUUUGAUAAUGAUGAUAUGUGAAGUAGCGUUUUGAUGUUUUAUGUAAACCUCUCCACUCUCGUCUCUACUUUAACCCUAAAAUGGAUGGAUCCUUUAACCGA